AGCACCAGCACCAGCACCAGCACCGAUGCCAGAUCCUGCUUUUUCCACUACAAACACAGCUACUGCGCCCGGUAUGCCAUUGAGCAAUGCUCCUGAUCCAGCAUUUCCACCGGCAGCAUUGUCAUCACCGCCAAUGUCUACUCUUCCCCCGUCAAUGGCUCCUUACCAGCCACCGCUCGAUGCCUCUGCCGGCAAUUCGCAAUCGAUGCACGCACAAGCAAGCCCGCCUAUGCAUUCGAUGGGACAAUAUAACCCGGCUUAUUCACCGUCAAUGGCACAGCUCGGCAUGCAGGGCGGACAGAUGAGCUACCAGCUCCCCGGCAACCCGCGAUCGCGGGCGCACCAACGGGAAGUCAAGAGACGAACAAAAACAGGCUGUUUGACAUGCCGCAAACGCAGAAUAAAGUGCGACGAAGGUCAUCCGGUCUGCCGAAAUUGUGUCAAAAGCAAGCGCGACUGCUUGGGGUACGACCCUGUUUUUCGACAACAAUCAACGCCUUCUGAGAUCCGACCGGCGGGAAAUUCGCAGCCUUCGCUGGUGCUCAACCCGCAAGAAUCGCCGAACCUCUAUCCCUCUGCGCCUCCCGGCUACGUUCCGGCCGGCUCGCAGCCUUUUGCACCCUCCGUCCAGUCGGACUCGUCCGUGAAGUCCUUCGACCAGCCAAGCAACCACCCCAGCGCUGUUGAGCCUUCGAUAGCUGAAAGUGAUACGAUGUCAGCGCUGGCAAGUGUCCAGGAUACCAUUGAUGGGUCUAUUUCUCAACCCGUUGGAACUCCUUCUGUCAUGACCACGCCAUCACUAGUCCCGGGUUCGGGACAAGUUGGUAAACAAGAGAAAGUAAAAAUACAGGAUCUCUUAGCACUCCAAGGCAUUGCGCCACCUCCUCCAUACCCUAUUGUUCCUAUUCAACAAGCUCGUCUGGACCAGAUACAGACUGUUUAUCUUCACACAUACGCGCCGGCUAUCGAUCGGUUUUUAGAAACCAGAUGGUUUCGAGACAAAGGCUUGUCUCAGCUAUUGACCAAUGCCCAGCUAAUGGCUCAAUAUUCCGCACUCAUUGAUGCCUUCAGCGACCCCAAGAUUUCCGAGCCCGCUGUUCGAGGCCGAGUUGAAAGUUUCGAGGCGUCCGUCGUCUGGGAUACAAUGUCAAUAUGUCGCUCAGCCCGUCAUUUGGUGCGCAAUGGCAACCAUGAACCGAUGCAGGAAUACGACCUGUUGACUACCGCAAACCGAUUUGAUGUGCUAGAAGCCUUGAUAACCGACGACUAUCUUAAAGACAAUCCAUUACAUGAAGACCUUAACCGCGAACCGCCACCGAAUCCUAACUCUUUGCAGGACCAGUUGCGGCGGCGGUCUCUGAAUUUCUGGAAUUGCAUCGGUCAUUUCCUCACGCUUCAUGAUAUUGAAGCGUCAUCAGCGGUAGAAAUCGAUGAUACAUUAACUCGCUGCCGUGCACUUCUUGAUCAGAUUGAGAAUCGAGAUGUGGUGUACUCGAUUGCCAUAGGGCGGCACCUUGGUCAACGGCUAUCAGAUUAUCCUCGAAAUAAACCAGAAGGGUCUAGUGACGAACGAAAUUCCAAUACAAAGCUUCUCGUCGCGCAGCGGUUUAUUGAAGAGGAGUCGAAAGAAAAAGGCACAACCCAAGUUGUCAAACGCCUCUGUGGUAUGGUCCACAGGUUAUGGGAGUUGAAGAAUAUAUUGCUUCCACAUGUGUGAGCUUACUAAUAUAUUAUUUUCAAUUAUGAUGAUCUUAGCAUUCGGCGUUGGGUUCUACAAAAUGUGACAUUCUUAUGCCGGCACGACGCUUUGAGUCUGUGCCAUGGUGGCGUUCGGCUUGGUCGUUAUAUACCGCUAUUCGUGUGCCUGAUAUGUUUGCGUUUCACGUGUUGAAUCAAAUUUGAUUCUAUCUGAGAUACCCUCUUUUGACACUAUCACGACUGUAUGGGCUCAAAGAAUCUGAUUCUUAAAAGACGGUAAUCGACUUUCAGCGUUAAUUGUGCAGUAUGCAUUUCAGCUAUGUGAAUAGAAUCUUUUUCUCUUUCUCUUUCUCUUUCUGUACAGAGAAUGUGUGCAAUAUUGUAUACUAUAAAUAGAGGUUAUAUGCAAAAGUGAAGA